AUGGGGUCGUACCAGUCUAAUGACCUGAUCGACCGACUCAAUUACCAGUAUACAGCCAUGUUAGUAGCGUUGGGUGCUAUCACGCUGGCAGCAACUCAAUAUGUAGGAAAGCCGAUACAGUGUUGGGUACCUGCACAAUUCACCGGAGCUUGGGAGAAAUAUGCAGAAACAUACUGUUUCAUCAAGGGAUCGUACUUCUUACCGGAUGACGACCAUCCUAAUGAGGAUUUCAUCGAAAGAGAUAAUGCUGUUAUCGGCUACUAUCAAUGGGUUCCACUAGUACUAGCGCUGCAAGCGUUUUUGUUCUAUGCACCAUGCGUUAUUUGGAAAGCUUUAAACUGCUCUACUGGUAUCAAUGUGAAAGACGUGCUCGAGAACACCGCGAAGGUAAAGAAAAAUGUCACCACAAAAGAACGCGAAAACCAGGUUUUCAAAGCCGCUGUACAUUUGAAAGAGGCCCUGGAACUGCAGAGAGAACUGAAAACAGAAGCUGGAAUGAUGUCGAAAGUGCGGAAAUCGGGUUCCUAUCUAUCCGCUGUCUACGUAUUCACGAAAUUCCUCUAUGUCUUCAAUAUUAUAGCACAAUUCUGUAUCUUCUCGGCAUUCCUCGGAACUAACAACAACUUCUGGGGUUGGGAGAUUUUCUCGGACAUCAUGAGUGGUCGUGAAUGGAAUGUUACUGGUAACUUUCCCAGAGUAACAAUGUGUGAUUUCACGGUACGAGUACUUGGUGCUCUCCAUCGGUGGACUGUACAGUGUGUACUGAUGAUCAACAUGUUCACUGAGAAAAUCUACGUUUUCCUAUGGUUCUGGUUCGUACUGGUUGGUGUUCUUUCUGUCAUUUCGCUCAUCUACUGGGUAGUGGCCUUGGUUGGGACCAAUUUUCAACGUGGAUUCAUAACCAAAUACCUGAGGUGCAUGGGCGAGAUUGGUGACGAACCAACUCGCGUAGAAGAGGAAAAAGUGAGCGGAUUCGUUCGCAACUACCUAACAUCCGAUGGAGUUUUCUUGCUGCGGCUUAUUCAGACGAACGGUGGUGACAUGCUUGUCGGUGAAAUCAUCGCCUCCAUGUUCCGUCAAUACAACGAUCGUCGAAAAGCGCCGAUGUCUGACGAUUCGUUCGGCGACUCACCGGACACCACAGCUACACUUCCGCGAUAG